AUGAGUGUUCUCCAGAUUGACGGUAGGAGAAACAAUGCUACAGUUUCCUGGCUUGUGAAAUUCAGUUUUCUUUGGCUUCUUAGUCAGAACUGUUGCACCGCCAGUGCUGUUUGGAUUGCUUACAUGAACAUAUCCUUUCAUGUUGGGAAUCGCAUAUUGUCAGAGUUAGGGGAGACAGGAGUAUUUGGAAGAAGCUCUGCUUUGAAGAGUGUGGCAGGUGUUAUUGUGCCACCAGAGGGGAAAUCCCAAAAUGCAUGUAAUCCCAGUACCAAUUUCAGGCAACCAACGGGCACAGAGACUUGGCUUGCACUUAUUGAACGGGGAGGUUGUACGUUCACACAGAAAAUUAAGGUGGCCGUCGAGAAAGGAGCCAGGGGUGUGAUCAUCUAUAACUUUCCAGGAACUGGCAAUCAAGUUUUUCCCAUGUUUCAUCAGGCAUUUGAAGGCAUCGUGGUGGUGAUGAUUGGCAACUUAAAAGGCACAGAAAUGUUCCAUUUAAUUCAGAAGGGCGUACACGUCACAGCUGUAGUUGACGUGGGGAGAAAGCACAUCAUCUGGAUGAAUCACUAUUUUGUCUCUUUCGUUAUCAUCGCAACUGCAACCUUAGCGUAUUUCAUCUUUUAUCAUAUUCAGAGACUUUGGGUAGCAAGGAUUCAGAACAGGAGAUGGCAGCGGUUAACAACAGAUCUCAAGAAAGCAUUUGGCCAGCUCCAACUCCGGGUCUUAAAAGAGGGGGAUGAGGAAAUAACGCCAAAUGGAGAGAGCUGUGUAGUUUGCUUUGAACUCUAUAAGCCCAACGAUACAGUUCGUGUUCUGACUUGUAAGCAUUUUUUCCAUAAGAAUUGCAUUGACCCUUGGAUUCUAGCCCAUGGGACAUGCCCCAUAUGCAAAUGUGACGUUCUUAAAGCACUAGGGAUUCAAGGCGAUAUUGAAGAUGGGGCAGAAUCAUUGCACAUUCUGAUGUCUACUGUAUUAUCACCUAACCAUCAGGGGACAAGUAAUGAACUUCUUCCUGCAAGAAGUUCAGAUAAAGUGACCCAUGUGGAUGAGCAACCUGGGUCUCAGAAUGACAACCAACCUAAUUCAGUAGCAGAAGAGGUCCGUCCUUCCUCUUGA